CAAGAAGCUGAAGAUUUUGACAGCUUUCGUAUUAUGUGUCCUUGAAUGCCUUAUCAUAUUUGGGACAAUCUUGUGGGUAGUAAAAGGUGACUGCACAUGCCUGGUGGCUGUUGGUUUGACCCAAUUAGUUUUGUUUUUUAUACUAGCAAAACACACAUCCCAAGGUUUCUAUAAAAUGUGUGGUGUCACAUUUGCAGCAAUGCUGUUGCUAAUAUUUGCAUUUUGCUAUUUAGAAAACUUAGAAAAAGAUGUCAUUGAUAACAUGAUGACUGAUUAUCAGAACCUUGCCAAUGCCUUUGUGAGUUAUGACUAUCAGUACCUGUGGAAGGAAGGACAAAUUGAGCCUCUGCUGUUAACAGAUAUUAUCCUGCAGAUAUUUAAUAUAUUUAUGGCUUUCUUCUUGCUAGAAAAACCAAAAGUAAGAAGGAAGCUGACGGUAUCUACAAUUUCCUUAAUAUGUGUUCAUGAGUUUUUCAUUAUAAUUGGGAUUGUCUUGUGGAAUAAGAAAGGUGACAGUUCACUGAUCCUGAUUGCUGUUUUGAUUCAAGCAACUGCAUUUAUUCUUGUGCUAGUGCAAGCAAUGUUACAAGGCUAUUAUAAAACGUUAAUGACUGUUUUUGCUGUGGUGGUGAUUCUAGCUGUUCUUGCUUAUGCAGACAUCCUUGAUAAAGCUUUACAGCUGAAUCAUUAUGAAAUUCUUGCUAAAAUCUUCCAUAAUUGCACUGAGCAGUUCCAUUGGAUUAAAGGUCUCCUAAUCGACAACUGGACUUCUUUUCAGACAUUUAUGUAUACUUUAUUUAAUGAUGAUAACAACUUUCCUGGGAUUUUAGGAGCAAGCGGAUGUCCAGUACUUGUAGGUUUUGUUUUGUAUUUAUGUAUGCAGUUCCCUCGCAUCACGACUAAGAUAUUGCACGGUAAUUCAGAGAGGAUACAAAAUGAUGAUUUAGUCAAGCGUGAUGACAAUAAGAAAUGGAAAGAAGUUUGGGAAAAAAUUCAAGAAUGUGAAGUUGAUGUGGUCCUGUCCCCUGACACAGCUCAUAGUGACAUUUCUGUGGAUAACGAUGCAGCACAAGUGAGAUUUACAGGAGACACUAAGGGCCCAAACACAUGGUGCUGUGUUACUGGCAGUGACUGGCUAAAAGCACGGCAGGAUCACUACUGGGAGGUGGAGGUUGCUGGAAAAGGAAGUUGGGCAAUUGGACUGGCAUCUGAGAGCAUCAAAGACGAGCAGCUCAUUGCUGAGUGCCCAACAAAUGAAUUGUGGAUCAUCCGACUAUGUAGAGGCAAGAAGUUAGCGGCCAUCUCACGCACUUAUGUCAAGGAAUAUCAGUUAAAACCAAAUAAAGUGGGAUUCCAUUGGGAAGGAAACUGCUUACGUGUUUAUGAUAAGGAGAAAAAACAGCUCAUCCACAAAUUUGAUAUUGAAUACUCUGAGCACUUGUAUCCUGUCUUCAGUCCAGGGUCACAUGACAGAGGACCAUUAAUUAUCAAAAUUAAAAACACAGAAACUGAAAAUCUGAAACAGAAGUUUGGGAUUGCUCUGAAAUUAAACACAAAGUAUCCCAACAUCAUCAAUGUGGAUAACCAACAGAUCAGGCUUACUGGAAAAGAACAGGUUCCAGGUGACUUGUGGCCCUGUGUACUGGCUAAUAAUAAGCUAACAUCAGAAAAAGCCUACUGGGAGGUGGAGGUUGGUGAGAAGAGCUCUUGGGCUCUAGGAGUGGUUGCAGAUACCAAAGAAGUGAAGAUGUCAAUUUCUGAUGAACCUGAAGAAGGGUUUUGGAUUAUCAAGGUGCAGGCUGAAAAAAUUCAUGCAGUCUACUCUUCUGGAAGUGUCAGAAUUUUAAGAAAACCCAGGAAAGUUGGGGUGUUUGUGGACUUUGUAGAGCAAGAAUUAUCAUUUUAUGAUAUUGAAAAGAAAUACCUCAUCCACCGAUUCCACAUCAAAUCCUCUGAGAAACUGUACCCCAUUUUCAGUCCAGGAGUACAAGAUAAAGGUCCACUGAUCAUCAUCUAAUGGACUAUAAGAUGUUCCUUCUGUUUGUCAUGAAAUUGUUACAAUUUCAACCUGAUGAUUCAACAAACUGAACUCAUGUGCAGUGCAGUAACUCUUUCUAUAUACAUUACUUCUUUCUGUUCAGGUUGAAAAAAUGUGCAGUAAUAUUUGUGUUUUGAGGCUGUUUCCUGUUCCAGACUGAUUAAUAGUCUAGAUCCUUGGUAUGAUGGUGAUGAUGCUACAUAUUUUGAACUUCUGGAAGUCAAUUUCAGGGUAUUUGUUUACAGUUACACUUUUUUAGACUGAAGUGCUAUUUUUCUCACAGCACUGUUAAAACACUGACAGUUUCAACAGAACAAGUGUAGCGUUAGAAUAGUGACAGUGCUCGAGAAUAAUUGCACUUUGCUUAAGUUUUGAGGCAGCUUUACAUUUAAAUAAGUGGUCACUGGUCUCUUAUCCUGUUAAAUAAUAACAAGAUAAUAACAGUUAAUUAAUACAAUGAUUAUGUACUGUUUUGGUAUCUUAGAUUCUCCAAAAUAAAUUUUGCAUACUUUAAUCAUUGAUGAACACCUUGUGUACAGUGCCUUGCAAAAGUCUUCAAACUGAUUCUUAUUUCACAAAAAGAAAUUUUGUUUGAUGAGAUAUUUUUAAUUCAGAACACUCAAACUUAAUGUUUUUCAAUGUGGUAUCAUUUUAUAUUGGAAGAAGUCUUAAGAAGCAGCAAGAGAAGACAGAUAAUGUUUGCUUUACUGCCUGUCAGGACUCCUAGUGUUCUGUUAUUAAAAUACCGAAUGUGUCCCUGCUCCUCUUCAGCC